AUUGUUGCUUUUGUUCCUGCCUCUCCUUCCUGCUACAGCAUCCGGAUAAAGAGGUUACCUGUUUCUGAUACCUACAAUUAUUUAAAGCUCUACUCUUCAGUAUAAAGGAGGACACUGACUGUGGCAGGGGGUUUGUGGUUGGAGGAAGCAUGACGGAUAACAGGCAGGAUGAGCCCAAUCCAUCGCACUGGGCACCAGGGCAGCUCACUGAGGCCUCACCUCUCCCUCAUGCCACAGACAUGAAGGAACAAGGAGGAGCAGGAGAUGGGUUAGUCCACAGCUCAAAUGGUAUUCCCUUCCGAGAGUCAGAAGAAAGAGGAUAUGGGGAGCGGGCUCUCCGAGACUCCCAUCCUAGAAGCAAGGAAAAUGGCAUUAAUGGAGAAAUGCCAUCUGCGGAUUCAGAAACAGCAGAGGAGGUAUCUGCACGAAUAGUCCAAGUAGUAACUGCUGAUGCUGUAGCGGUCCUGAGAGGUGAACAGGAGAAAGAAGUCCAGCUCAAGGGCCCUCCGGGAGAUCUGCCUUUAGCUGUAGAAGAUACAACCAAUCUGCCUCCUUCCCCUCCUCCUUCACCGGCUUCAGAACAGAUGGGAAUGGUGGAGGAAGGGGGAGAUUCUCAGCAGAUGCCAAGUGCCCUUCGGCAAACCAAGGACAGGACCCCUGAUGGGGGGAAUAAGAGUCCAGAAAAACGCUCAUCCUUGCCUAGACCUUCCUCCAUCCAUCCCACCAGGAAGAUCAUCCCUAUAGAUAAGGAAGAAAACUCUAUAUCCACCAGCACUUCUGUGUCUUCUUCAGUGAGACGUACCACCAGAUCUGAGCCAAUAUGGAGUAGAACAGGAAAGAGUGGAACAUCUACCCCAACUACACCUGGAUCUACAGCUAUUACCCCUGGAACACCACCAAGCUAUGCUUCAAGAACACCGGGCACACCAGGAACACCAAGCUACUCACGUACACCGCGCACUCCAGGAACUCCGAAAUCUGCCAUAUACAUGUCUACAGAAAGGAAAGUGGCUAUUCUCCGAACACCUCCAAAAUCCCCGGCUACAUUGAAACAAUUGCGUCUAAUGAACCAGCCACUACCUGACCUGAAGAACAUCAGGUCUAAGAUUGGAUCCACAGACAACAUUAGGUAUCAGCCCAAAGUAGGACAGGUUAAGAUCUUAAGUGAGAAGACUGAUUAUAGUGAUGUUCAAUCUCGUUGUGGCUCCAAGGAUAACGUCAGUCAUAGUGCUGGGGGAGGUCAAAUCCACAUUGUAAGUAAGAAGAUUGACCUUAGCCAUGUCACAUCCAAGUGUGGAUCUCUAAGGAACAUACGCCACAGGCCAGGUGGUGGACAUGUGAAGAUUGAGAGUGUUAAACUGGACUUCAAAGAGAAGGCCCAGUCAAAGAUUGGUUCUCUAGAAAAUGCCCAUCAUAUGCCUGGAGGGGGCAACAUAAAGAUAGACAGCCAGAAACUGCACUUCCGAGAACAGGCCAAGGCCAAGGUAGAUCAUGGAGCUGACAUUGUCUCACAAUCUCCAGGAAGGUCCAGCGUGGCUUCUCCACGGCGUCUCAGCAAUGUGUCAUCCUCUGGAAGUAUCAACCUGCUAGAAUCCCCACAGCUUGCUACUCUAGCUGAAGAUGUCACUGCAGCCCUAGCUAAACAGGGCUUAUGAAUGUGUUCUACCUUUAGCAGUGUAUGACGUUAAUAUUAAAUAAUAUUAAUAACAAAAAUAUUUACGCAUGAGCUCUUGGCAGGAUUUGGGCUCAAAGCAGGUGUCACAUUCAUUAUUUAUCCUUCAACACGAAAGAUGCAAAUAUCACUUCAUGCCUAACCUAUACACUUCUAGGUUCUUUCAUUGUAUACAUGAUUUUCCACGUGAAGAUACCAGAUGUACCCAUUAUGUUACAGACAACAAGUAAUGAUCUUAGGAUAACUGUAGACUGGUAGGUCUGGUCAUACUUCAUCAUUGUACACUGGAAUUAGAAGACCAAAUGUCACAUAAUAUGGUAUUCCCAAAGCAUCACCCAAGUUGUUAUCACUGCUCUUAACUAGUCUUGCAUGGAGCCCUGAAAUACUCGGUGUAAUUUCAACAUGUGCCUGCCAGCCACCUGAACAAUGUUUGCGUAAGAGCCAUGUCCAGUCAGAGCGGCUGCUCAUCUUGUUCAGUUCAGACAGUGAUUAAGCUCUUUGUUCCAUCAGAUUCCUAAUCCCCAUAGGCUAACAAACCCAUUGAAGCUUUGUGCUGUGUCAGAGAUUAAGCAAGAUGUGUUUAAGAGAAGACAAACAUAUGCCACUUUCCGAGGUUAAAAGCAAAUCUUGUUAGCAAGCAGUCGGUCAUGCCAUUGCAAUGGCAGAGAAAGCAGCCAAUUUGAGGAAGAUUCUUCAAGUAAGUUUUGGGGAACAUUGUUGUAAGGGAGCAGUAAAUAAAGCACUUGUUUUUUGACUAGUACCUGUAUAUUUGAUGGUCUGUUAGCUACUAGAAUGCCUGCUUUGCUUUGUAACAUGGCACAUCGCAGACGUUCCAAGAAGCUGAGGCCAUGAACAGAAAAUUUUAGCUUUGUGCAUAGGCAGACAUUUCCAACACCUUUUUUCCACCUGUUUGAUACAGUAUUAUUAAUCUAGAUGUAUAUAUAUUUCUCUGUGGCCAUGUUUUCAUGCAUAUCCCCUGAAACCCUUUUCAUAUACUUGAAGAUUCCAUUUCUUACUCACAGUAUCUGUGUCUGUUGCACCAUUUGGUAAAGCAGUUUUAGGUAGGCAUAAUUUAAUGUUAGGAAAGCUUCUCUUUUUUCCUAUGUAAAAAAUACGCAAAGCAAGAAAAAAAAAAACAGAACAAAAGAAA